AUGAAGCAAGUAGACAGGUUAUCUCUUCUGCAGGAGUCCAAACGAAGCAAUGUCUCUCGCGCUGAUUUGUUGAAAUUUUGGGGCAGUGGGAAUUUUGGUUUCGAAUCUGUUUGUGCUUCGGGUCUUUCGGGUGGUUUAGUAUGUGUUUGGGACGACAGUUUAUUUUCUUUGGAAGGGUCGAAUAAAAAUAAAAAUUUUUUGCAUAUCAGGGGUAAAAUUUCUGGUUGUAACUCGGUUGUUAAUUUUUUGAAUGUUUAUGCUCCCCAAGGGAUUCCGGCAAAAAAAGAGGUUUGGGACUUGUUGGGUGUUUUAAUUGAUAGCUACGAUGGUUUUUGGGUCAUCGGAGGUGAUUUCAAUGCUGUCCGGUUUCGUGAGGAAAAGAGAAAUUGUUCCUUCAAGCCGUCUUGCGCUAGUAACUUUAACGCGUUUAUCUUCGAGGCCGGGUUGGUUGAAUUUGAAAUGAGAGGGAGACGGUUCACCUGGCACUCCGAGAAUAGACAGAAGAUGAGCAAACUUGAUAGGUUUCUUGUCAACUCCGUCUUCUUCAAUAAAUGGCCGGAAGCUCACGUUCAGGUUUUACCUAAUUUAUGGUCUGAUCACUGUCCUAUCAUCCUGUCUACCAAAUCCGUCAAUUUCGGUGCUCGUCCCUUUAGAAUUUUCAACUCUUGGUUGGGGAAGGAGAGAUUUAAAGAAGUGGUAGUGGAGGCUUGUAAUAGCUUCUCGGUUCCAGAAUGCAACCCAGAUGUCAGGUUGGUUAAAAAAUUGGCGCUUGUUCGUAGUAGGAUAAAGGAAUGGAGAGACUCGAUGUUAAUCAAGGAUAAAGAGUUGAUCCUGCAAGCUGAACAGGAAGUGGAGGAGUUGGAAGUUCUCCUAGAGACUAGGGAUUUAUCGGAAGAUGAGGAUUGGGCUCUAGCUGAAAACAAAAAAAUUAUUGCCGAGGCGGAGUUAGCUAAAGUGAUGGAUCUCAAACAGAGGUCUCGUGUUAGAUGGGCCAAAGAAGGGGAUAAGAAUUCUAAGUUUUUCCAUACAAUGAUCAAUUGUAGGAAGGCUUCUAACGUUAUUCAUGGGUUGUUUAUUGGGGAUGAGUGGGUCUCUAAACCGACUCUUGUUAAAAAGGAGGUGUUCCAGUUUUUCAAGUCUAAGUUUCAGGAGGAUUGUGUUAACCGGCCGAAGCUGAUAUGCCCUAAUCUUAAGAAGAUUUCUAGUCUCGAUGCUGCUUGGGUUGAAUCUCGGUUUAGUGUGGAAGAAAUUAAAUCUGCAGUGUUCGAAUGUUGCGGCUCGUCGUUCAUCGCUCUUAUUCCGAAAAAGAGAGACCAUGUUGGUCUUGGAGAUUACCGCCCGAUUAGUCUUGUCGGGGUUGUUAACAAGGUUGUGUCUAAAAUACUCGCUAACAGAUUGAAGAAGUUGGAUUUGGGGCAUUCUUUCUUUGCUAGGGCUUCUGUCCUUGUUAACGGCUCUCCGACUUUCGAGUUUAGUUGCGGUAAAGGGAUGAGGCAAGGCGAUCCGAUCUCCCCGUUCCUGUUUGUGGUAGUGAUGGAAGCUCUCUCGUGUAUUUUCGAUAAAGCUGUGGAGGCGGGUGUUUUCUCAGAGAUUGAUCUUCCGAAUGAUGGUCCGUCGUUGUCGCAUUUGUUCUUUGCGGACGACGCUCUGAUUAUUGGGGAUGGGGUUGGGGCGAAUAUGAAUAAAGUUAAUAAUUGGAAGCCUGUGUACGAUAUUGUGGAAUCCAGAUUAGCCUUAUGGAAAUCAGCGUUUUUGUCUAUUGGCGUGAGGAUUAGGUUUAUAUGCUCCUUUCUUCAAAGUCUUCCGGGUUAUUAUUUCUCGUUGUAUAGAGCUCCGGUUAAAGUCGUUAAAGAUUUGGAAGGCAAAAUUAGGAAAUUUUUAUGGGGAGGGUCUAACGAAGGUAAAAAACUCAUUGGGUUUCUUGGAAUGUUGUGGCUACGCCUCAAAUGGGGAUGGAGGUAUAAAUGCGAGUUUGAUAACCUUUGGGUUAAGGUGAUUGACUCGUUAUACGCUAGCGGGUCGGGCUGGUCGUUUCUUCCAGACAAAAAAUCAGUCAGUGGGGUUUGGCAUAACAUUGUAGCUGUGUUCAACAAGCAGGUUCCGGGGGGCUCGAUGCUUCGUAAUUUUUUCAAAGGAGUUGUUGGUCGGGGUGAUCAUCUUUAUUUUUGGCUUAACAGUUGGGUGACGGAUAUUCCUUUCAAAGAAUUAUUCCCUCGGUUGUUCUCUCUUGAAGUGGUAAAGUCUUGUCGGUUUCAGGAGCGGCUCUCAGGUAAUUGGCUUUGGAGGCAUGACCCGUCACUUGAGGAUGAGCUGACAGAAAUGGCUGAGUUAUUGAGGGCUGUUAAUUCAGUUUCCUUGAACAACAGUAGCGACAAGUGGGUGUGGAAGGGCGAUAGUUUCAGAGUUUUUUCGGUUGCCUCUGUAAAGAAAGUGUUGGAGGGUGAUUUUACUAAUGUCAGUGGCUUCUUACUUGAGUGGUGCAAAUGGGUUCCUAUCAAGUGCAACGUUUUUGUCUGGAGAACGACAAUGGGGCGUAUUCCGACUUCGGACGCUUUAAGAAAGAGAGGUAUUUACGCAGGUGAUGGGCUGUGCCCGCUGUGCAGAACCGAGGACGACUUAGCUGAUCAUUUGUUAACUUCGUGCUUGAUGGCUACCAUUCUUUGGCAGAAAAUUUCUCGAUGGUGCAGGUUACCUCCCAUUUUUGCAUUUUCGGUAAAAGACUUGUUAAUGAUCCAUAGCUCGGGAGGUCUUAAAUCUGGAGAAGGGGUUGCGCUGCACGGAAUUAUGAUCACGGCUUGCUGGUGUUUAUGGUUGGCUCGGAACAAGGCGCUGUUUUCAGGUGUAGACGUCAAGGUGGAUAGUAUUUUUAGUGAGGGUGUUUGUAGUGAGAGUUCAGUGAUAGAUUUGGGGAAGCAGGUUGGGGCUAUGGUGGAAAGUGGCAAGCUGCGGUGA